GGCACCUCGCUGGCACUCUCAUCCCUCCUGUCCCUGCUGCUCUUCGCGGGCAUGCAGAUGUACAGCUGCCAGCUGGCCUCCACCGAGUGGCUCACCAUCCAGGGGGGCCUGCUUGGCUCCGGCCUCUUCGUCUUCUCCCUCACUGCCUUCAAUAAUCUCGAGAAUCUUGUCUUUGGCAAAAGAUUCCAAGCCAAGGUCUUCCCUGAGAUUCUCCUGUGCCUCCUGUUGGCUCUCUUUGCAUCAGGCCUCAUCUACCGAGUCUGUUUUACCACCUGCUUUAUCUUCUCCAUGGUUUGUCUGUACUACAUCAAAAAGAUCUCCUCCACGCUCUACCAGGCAACGGCUCCAGUCCUCACACCCGCCAAGGUCACAGGCAAGGGCAAGAAGAGGAACUAAGCCUGAGUGUCCAAUAAAGUUGAUUCUUUGUAAAAAAAAAAAAAAUAA